CUGUGAUCGGUUGAAGAUUUGAAAUUCACAACAACAGUGUGGUUCGGGUGUAACAGUUGCACGCUUUCAUAGGCUUAUCAAACAUUUUUAAGGUACCUGUGAAAUUCUGCUAAUUGACACUCCACAGUGGUCUGCGUCUGAAACUGAGGAACAACAAGCAGAUAAAGACUCUCACACAACACCUGAGCAUCCCGCUGAACAAAGAAGGGAAGGAAGAAACAGCAACAUAGACAAACACCUCCCAGAGGAUACAAAGAGAAGCCAGUGAUGUUCAAAACGAUCACCCGCCUGCUUAUCGGGGGAGAGGAGGCGACCCCUGAAGAUGUCAAGUCUGGAGAAGCCGUGGAAGAAGGGUGGCUUGUUGUCAGUCAUCAAGAGGUGGGUUCAGCAGAGAACCAGGGUGCAGAGCUGACUGACACCCAACCAUCAAACUCUGCUAUUCAUGUAGACACAGUUGCAAACAUGGAAAGUGACAUCAGUGUGUUAGAUCCAGAGCCCACAGUUCAAAGCAGAGGCGGUCGAGCCACCACAGGGUCUGUUUCUCAGCCUAAAGCUGUGGUAGAAGUGACACAGUUAACCUGCACCCACAAGGCUAAGGCCUGGGACGACCGACACCACAUGUCUCGUAACGCCAUUGAACGGCAGAACCGUGUUCGCCAAGGAGUCCAACAUCAUUCCUUCCACCUCCAACAGCCAGGACAUCGCAACCUCAGCCACUGAGGCUCUGGUUGCACAACUGCAAAUGUUAACCAGGAAACACUCUUACAACACGCAUCACACUUAUUAAACACAUACUGCAAUACACACAUUUUCGGUUUGUGCAGAUUUAAGCUAUACGGCUGAUCUUGACGUAACCCAUUAUAACACUUGACAGCUGUUACCAGGUAAUAGGCAGCUACAUUAUAACUCGUACUGUAUAUGAAUUUGGUAUGAAGAAGUUCACCUCAUGAAAUGAGAUAAACCAUGUUUUCUUGUUUGUGUGUGCAUGUGAAUUUAUACACGUGGAUGAAAAAAGUGCAGCCUAUGCAAAAUAUAUCCUCUUAACAUUUUGGACAAAAUGAUGUGAUUUGUGUAUCGACAUGCAUUUACGUCUGUGUACUUGGUUUAAAACCUUUUAUGGCAAUAAAAAUUAUGAUUUUGCAA